AUGUAUAAUGGGAUUGGAUUACAAACAGCUCGUGGAUCGGGCACAAAUGGAUACGUGCAGGCAAAUUUGGCGAAUUUGUUGCUCUCAAAGAAACGAGUAGCAUAUAACUCCGAAGCUGAUAUUAAGCGAGCGGAGGCUGAAAUCAACAAACAACCGAACAAAGAACUGUUAGAACAUUACCGCAAACGACAUAUCGAAUUGAAAUGUACUGAUUUUGAAAUGCUUAUGGAAAACAAAGGAUUCGAUGAAGCUGAAAUCCAGAACAAAGUAAAUGAAUAUCGGAAGCUUCUUCAGAGCCAGAUAGCAUCUGGAGAACUGGAUAUAGAUGCGGAAAUGGACAUUCGUGAUACGCAUGUUCGUGCAAAGGCUGCUAUUGAUAAUUGUAACCGAAUGCGUUCUGCACUUAAGAUUAAAGACGAUUUUAUUGAUGGAACAUCGUUCGAAAAGUUAAACAAAAGUGUUGACUUGAAAGUGGAUGAAGCAGAAAAAGAUGACGGUAAGAGAAAGAAAAAAAAGGGUGACGAAGUAAGUUCUUCUUUUAAAGGAGUUUUUCGUGCUUUAAUCUUUCUUCUAUUAUGUAUUGCACUUUCAUAUGUAGAUGUCGGUGAAAUUAUGUCAAAUCUGAGCAUUGUGCAGCAAAAACUGAAACGAUAUGCAUACCACAGUUUGAAGGAAUUUAAAGCUGACAUAACACAAAUUUUUGAAAAUGCUCGGAUAUUCAAUCCUAAAGAUUCAGCUAUUUAUCAAUGUGCUGAUAUCCUUGAAAAACAAUUUCGUGAACAUAUGGUGGAAAUUAAAUCUGCAGUGGAAACACGGACUAACGGCCAAAAAGAGGAAAGUUCUACCACAAAGAAGUAG